GCCACUGCCUGGGCCUGUCCGUUGCUGGUCACAGAGGCACGCGACACCUUUCCUGAAUCGUUUGCUGCCCGUCCAUCUUCACUCCACCUUCAGCCUUGGGACUCCCCCAUUGCCAGUCGAGGCCAGCCUGUUACGCUGUUCUGGCUAUCGCCGCCUGCUGCCUUCACCCGUCACACAGUCUCCCGCUUCGCCAUGCGUCUGUCAGUGUCGACAGCCGCUGUUGCGGCUGCAGCCCUCUGCGUGUCUUCGCUGGCCGCCCCCACCCCGGACGUGGACUCCUCAGUGAGACAUGGAUCGGCUUCUCGGAUACAAGCGCGCCAGGAUACCAAGUACUUCCAUGAGCCUGGAGGCAGUAGCACGCUCGGCCAUUAUGACAAACGCUACUUCAAAGGCGUCGUGUCCGACGAAGAGCGGACCGACACGCAGAAGCACAUGAUCCGUGCCUACUUGAACUUCUUCCGCGAGAAUGACAUGGACACCUGGAUCGCCCACGGAACGUUGCUGGGCUGGUGGUGGAACGGAAAGCGUCUGCCCUGGGACUUUGAUCUCGAUACACAAGUCACUGAAGCCACUCUGCAACACCUCGGCAGAGCGUACAACCAAACCAGGUAUCCCUACGUCUCUUACGAUGGUACAGUGCAGCGAGAAUACCUCCUCGAUGUCAAUCCAUGGAUCUGGGAGCGCGAGCGUGGCGACGGCGCAAACAUCAUCGACGCACGGUGGAUCGACACGCGUAACGGCCUUUUUAUAGAUAUCACUGGACUGAGCGAGACUCAUCCCGAGGACCAUCCGGGCGAAUGGGUCUGCAAAAACUAUCACAGAUACCAGACAUCGGAACUGUACCCUAUGCGGGAGACCAUGUUUGAGGGGGUGCCGGCCAAGGUGCCCUACAAUUACGACAAGAUACUCGUGGACGAGUACAAGGAGAAGGCUUUGAUCGUUACCGAGUUUCACGGACACCGAUGGGAUUCAGAGGUGCGAGAAUGGGUUAAAUCACAAGAGGUCCUGGACAAGGAAGAAGCAGAGCGGAGGAAGAAACAAGACGAGGCAGCCAAGAAGAAGGCCGAGGAAGCGAAGAUGGAUUAGUGAGCUAGUCGGCCCUAACAUGGGGGAGCUUGUUGCGUACUUUACUUACUACUGGAUUACAACUUGAGCAUAGCCUGCGCAUGGUUACUGGAGCAUAGUUUAUGAUACCCGUUAGGUAGCGGUUGAGCAUUGAAAACGAAUAUAUUAUCCCU